AUGCCAGCAUUCUUGGACACUAAAAGUUCAAAGAUGAGUCUAUCUCAGUGUAUUGCCAUCAGCCAAAAGAAGGUUCCCAUCUACGACUGUGCCCUGUCUUUACAACUACCCAUAUCCAAUGAUCAGUUAAUAUGGAUUCAAAGCCUGGCUCCCUUCUCUCAGUUUGGAAAGACAAUGUUAAUGAUGCCUACCCAAGGAAAUAGACAGCAGAAUAUUGAAACUUUUACUAGAGACUUUCACUUGGAAGUCAGCAGUAGUCGGUGGUUUGUACUCCGGCGACCAGAGCUGGCCCUUCCCUCAUCCCGGCGCCUGGGCAGGACGCGCAGCAGCGCAGCCUCAGGGGGCCGGGCACAGCGCAAUUCUGCCCGCCCGCGCAUACUAUGGCUGGUCUCGGAAGCCCUGGAUAGAGGGGCCGCACCUGCGCGGAGACGCCCUGACCGCUCACGCCCUGUUGGGGAAGACUGGAAGCCCCCAGCGCGCGCUGAGUCCCUGUCUCCGCCGGAGGUCUGCGCCUGGCCCGAGCCCCUCCCAGCCGUGACCCGGCCUCCACCGCAGGAGGGACGCUCCAUCCGCCCGACCCGCAGCGGCCACAGUGAACUUUCCGGGUAUCCCGGCUCUGAACAGUGGCUCCCAGUGUUUGAACCGAGUAUGAUGCUGAAGGGGGAUGAAAGAAUGACAAGGCAGAAUCUACAAGACAGAAUCUCCCCAAGAAAUCAAAUUGGCCAAAACAUGAAUCUUGGACUACUCAGAUUCCAGAAAUAACCUGAGACUGAGUAAUUUAUUAAGAAAAGACAUUGGCUGAGGAUUCUGAUGACUGAGAAGUCCAAAAGCAUGGCACUAGUGUCUGCUCAGAUUCUGGUGAUGACAAUGUACUGGAUCAAGAUAU